CUCCACUGCCGGGAACGAAAUAACACAACGCCGAUAAUUCCCGAAGGAUGACUCAACUUCGUCGCGGAUACCAAUAAAACUUAAAAUUUGAACAAGACACGAAAAAAAAACAUAGUCUCCAUUAAAAUUGGAAGUUUUUGUUCGAGUUUCUUAUGAUUUAAAACAGUUGUCGCAUAUGCAAUUUAGCGAAUGAAACCCUAAAUUUUCAACUUCACGUUUAGAGAAAGAAUCGUUUCAUUCGGGCGUGAAUGAGAUUCAUGUAUAUGCAGUCGAGUGAAUAUUGAAAAAGAUUAAAAGAAGAAUAAGUGACGAAUCGAGGGAUCGAAGAUGAAACGCUGUAGACAGCGAAAAAGGUGCAACAUGGGAUGGGCACCUUCGUCGAAAAAAUUCAAGAGGCCGAAGACGAUAGAGAUGAUGACAAUGAAAGGAUGGAGGGCUCGAUGAGUAGAAUCUCUUGAAAACAAUAUGUUACACCGAUAAAAAACUGUUUUUAAAAUCUUCAAUCAUUAUCACGUUCUCGUUGGCUGUGACUUUAAACAAUAGAAUCUAGGUCUUUUUCUCAAACGACAAAAUGGGCAAUGGCAUGAACAAGGUCUUGCCGGGUCUUUACGUUGGCAAUUAUCGUGACAGUAAGGAUGCUGCACAAUUGGAGCGUUAUGAAAUCACUCACAUCCUUGCCAUUCAUGAUGCAGCACGUCGUCUUCAUUCUGACAAGCAUUACUUGUGCAUUUUAGCGGCAGAUACACCGGACCAAAAUUUAUCACAAUAUUUUUCUCUCUGCAAUGAUUUCAUUCAUGCAGCACGUCUUCGAGGAGGCAAUGUUUUAAUUCACUGUUUAGCCGGGAUGUCACGAAGUGUGACAGUUGCGGUCGCAUACAUCAUGAGUACCACUAAUUUAUCGUGGAAAGAUGCUCUUAAAGUGGUGAGAGUUGGACGAGCCGUGGCAAAUCCAAAUGUUGGAUUUCAACAACAACUCGAAGAUUUCGAAGCUAUUCGUCUUCAAGAGGAAAGGAGAAGGUUAAAAGAACGUUUUCCCAGUUUGGCUCUCGCCUCAACCGAUGGCGAAGCUUGUAGAGCGACUUUAAGAAAUUAUGAGACUUUAGCUUUGGCUCGGGAAGUCUGCGAGGGAAAAUGCGCUAUGGGUCGUCCUUGUCCGACCGGAUUAUGCAGGCAACCUUCCAAAAGAACAUUGCGAAGAAAAUCGUCUUCAAGCAGUACUGGAAGUCUAACUGGUGGAAGAACUCCACCUCAAACCCCGAGAAUGUUACCUUCGGCGCCACCAUCACCAGCUCUGCCCAGAUCAUGUAGUUCGGUUUCUGCCCUAAAAGCACGAAGUGGUUCACUUGGUUAUCAUGGAUCUGCUCCUCCAUCACGUGCCGUAUCAAGAGUUGAUCUCUCAGCAGCGGUGGCAUGCAGCAGCAGCAGUAUCAGUCUUUCUAAUAUGGGUCGAAGUGGGCCAGGAAGUUCCUGGAGGUUAACGGCAGGUUCCGCUCCAGUGACGCCAAGGACAACGCCGCCAGUUUCUCCCCAACACUGGCCAAGGCGUGUGCCAUCACGACAAACUCCUCAACUUCCAGUGCCACCCGAAUCUCCGUCACCGUUGACGUAGCAUUAUGAAUUCGUCAGUCCCUUUCGGAAUCUGACGAAAUGACUUUUUACCAUUCAAUUUUCACAAACGCCGUCGCCCCCCAUAAAAAGAGAAACAAGUUCAAAACGAAUAAUAUCUGACGAAAACGAACAGUUUUUACCUGAUUUUAUCAUCAGGACACGACACGAAUAUUCUAAUACGUAUAAGGUGAGGCAAAUUUACACACUUCGCUUUUUUGAGCCAUCAUAGUGAUUUUUAAGAAAGAGAAAUAAAGAAGGACAAAUUUAGUCCAUAAUUUGAAACUCCAUUUUCUUUGGCAUUAAGAGACCGAGGAUCUAGUCAAAUUUCUAUAGAACAUUUUUCAAAUGAAUAUGUUUGAAAUGAGAAAUGUUUUUUUUUGUAGGUACCAAUCGAUAGAUUUUUAAUAAAAUCCGACUCUUUUUUUAGAUAAUAUAUUUUGUAGAUCUGUUAUCGAGUUUAAUUCGUUAAAAAAAAGUGUUAACCGUUAUUUAGUGAGAGUAAGAAUUCUUAACUUAUCAAAAUAAAUUAUCUGAUAAAUUGAAAUUAGAAAAUACGAAUUUUUCUAAUUUAUUCAGUAUUUUUCUUUAAGAGUCAAUGAAAUUAAUUCUAAAACUAACGUUCGUGAUAAAAAUCGAGAAUAUCGACAAUCUUUAUUUUUCUCUUCGUUUAAAAAAAACUGCCGGUCUCCGAAUGAAAUGUUCGGUUUUUAUUGUAAACAAAAAUUGCAUAAAUGUCACGUCCAGGCAGUGUCCAUGCAAAAUCCAAAAAAAAAAAAUGUUAAUAAGGAUUUGCUAAAUGCCGAUUCGAUGUCUUUCAGAAGUUUGCUAAUUAAGAUCACGCUUGAGCUUAUUGGACAAUUUUAACAUCUUAUACAAAUAUAUAAAUAAAGUGUGGAAGGCUAUUUUAAUGAAAAACAAUUUUAAACGUUGAGGAUCGCUCAACUUUUUUUUUGCAAAAGAGUCCUGCAUUUGAUCGCGCAGCCGUCCAAAAAGAUUGUUGGCUUUCUUAAAAGUGAUGCAAGAGAUAAGAAGAAAAAUAAUAAUAAUAAAAAAUGCAUUAAAAAUAACAUAUGCAAUUGUUAUUUACAAACACAAGUGAAGUAAUGUUGUUGUGGGGUGUUUAGAAAAUUUUAUAAUUGUUGGCAAAAAAAAAAGUUAUAUGAACUUGUAAAUAUGCACAUAAAGUGUAUCUAAUAAUAAUCAUCAGCAUCAUAGGUGUAUCAUAAAAUUUAAA